AUGAGAGGCGUCAUCCGUCAUGCACCUGACGCAAAUCAUCCGGAGAUGCCUGCAAUGGAAGAAACUACAUCCGAUGCCAUUAUUGUCCCGGAGGCUCGGCUAGUGCGCCUCUUUUAUGAACAUUUCCACGCUGCACACCCCAUCCUCGUGCCGGCGACUCUGUAUGAGCGAUGGGACUAUCCCCCAUAUCUGCAGCAGGUAGUCAAGUUUAUUGGAAGUCACUACUCUGUGGUUCUGGACAAUGAUAUUUUGCACGAAUCGACCUUUCUCAUUCUCAAUGGUAGCGCGGAACGAACCCCACAUAUGGUGCAGGCACUGCUAUUAUACUCGAUUAUUAUGCGUGCCCGCAACGAAACAUCCCAGGCCGAAUCAUCCCUGACGCAGGCAAUCGACAUUGCGUUGGAACUGGGGAUGCAUCGAGAGGAAUUCGUGAUCACGGCCGGGGCUGGCAGAGAACAUGAAGCGGAAAGCUUGCGACGUACAUGGUGGAGUCUCUUCAUCUGGGAGAUCUACGUGGGCACCUUACAUGAAAAGAUCCACCUUCGAUGUAGCGAUGUGUUUUCCGAUGUUCAACUGCCCUGUGAAGAGUCUGCAUAUUCCUCUCUCGAAAUGAUACCGCCGCCGCAGUCUCUCGCUGCCUUUCGAUCGCGAAUCUUCACGGAGGAUGAAGAUAUCAGCCACUACUCCUCUUUCGCAUAUUGCAUCGAAGCAGCCCGCAUUCUUGCCCGGGUAGUUGUCCUCAAUGGCCUGCCCGAGACACAUCACGACCACUUACAAGCCGUGGCAAACACGCUCGUCAGUUGGAUACAUCACCUCCCGCCACAGAAGAUUGAGAUCGUGGAUAUGUACGGGACGAUCGAUGAAAUGCUCUUCCAGGCUCAUUGCACAAUUCAAUACGCGGCCAUGCUCCUCCAUUUACCCCGGAGUAAUAUCCGGCCACGAUUCCCCGACUCGAUGUUUUCUAUUUGCCCGGUCACACCAUUUCGUCUCUCUCCUUCUUUAACCCGUCAUGUCCACGAUGUCAAAGCUAUGGAAGCGUCCAAGAAAUUAUCAAACUUACUCUCCGUCCGCUCGGACGCCCGGGGAUAUAGUCCUGGUAUCGUUUUCGUUGCGAUAUUGUGUGGUCUGGUCCAACUAGCAGCCACGGAGAUCCACGGAGCUGUUUGCGCGGAUCACCAUCAAAAUCGAAUCGUCCUCGUACUGGGAUGUCUUAAGUUGCUUCGGGCGAAGUGGUCACUAGCACAAACGGCUCAUGCUCAUUUGAGGAAUGCAGCCGCGCAAGUGGUUACUUCUUCGUCGGAAUAUUCGCCCUUCGAGAGGAAGCCCACCCAUGCACAGGGAGAACCUCGGCCAAACACGAGCAUCGAGGAGAGUGCAAUUUAUCUUCCGAUGGAUGACGAGUCCAUGAAUGAUCAAUUCUCUUCAAGGCUGCUGUCGGAGUUUAUCGAUCCAACUUGCGGUGUUUCAUUUUUGUGA